AUGGAAUCAGGAAGCGUAUUAUUAGCUGCUAUAUUCUUCUUUCGUGCUCAUGCCGGAGACGUUUCCCGGACAUAUUCGGACCAACUAGUCGUACUCAGCGCCCUACAUGAUGAAGCAUCAACACUUUUAGAAUUUCCAGUGAAAAAAGCACACUUAGAUCUUCAAGAUGAAGCAAAUAGGAUAUAUGAUAUUAAUUUAGAAGAUCUUCUCAGUGCUUCACAGCCGCUGGCCGAAUUGAACGAGAUCCAAACCGGAAUCAAUUUAUACUCUACCGCGUUCACCAGUUUUUUCUGCGCUCAUUUUCCAUGCAAGUAUAACGGACAAUGUAAGCCAAUAGUAUUUUCGAAAUACCUUUCAUCUGAACAAAAAGCGGUAAUUAAAGAAAACGUGAAAUACAAUGUAGAUCAAAUAAAGAAUCGCAUCAAUGAUGGUACUAGCGAAGUUGCAGAAAUGUAUUCUAAUCUGGACAACUUGUUAGAUGCUUACUUUACUCCAUCAGAUGAUUCAGUUAACACCGACUCAGCGUGGGCUGACGAUGGAGUGUUUCUAGAGUAUUCUGAUAAAAAUGAAAGCGUCCAGAUCGUUCUUAAGUAUAUUCAAUUACUCGUAGCUCAGCGCCUUGUUCGAGAUAGCAAAACAGCGUUGGUUGAAUACGAGAUGGUAAAGCUUGGCAGGACGGUAGAUCGUUUUAUCGGCCUUUCAUCUCUCCGAUAUAAAGAGAAAUUACGAAUUCAAACGGCAAUUUCUCAAAUUACCAUAAAAAUUAUCUUUCUAGCUGAACAAGGAGGAACAUUCGGAGGAUGGGAAGAAGCAGCAGCAGCACCUGCUGUGCCGGACGACUGGAGCAAGAAGCUAGGAACAGCUGCUGAUUUGACUUAUGCUCAACAAAUAGCAGCAAUACAAUAUGGCUCACCUUUAAAUGAAGCUCUGACAAAUCUUCGCACAGAAGGCACACAACUUUCAGAAAUGAAUUUAAUUGACAUGCUCUUGUUCUCAUCAACAGUUGAUAUGAUUACUCAGAAGCAAAAGGUGGUUGUGUACUCUACCAAUCUACGAAACUUCAAUUGCGUUCACUUCCCUUGCAAAUAUGAUGGGAAUUGUGAGCUUAUACCACUCAUUGAUUUCUCUGAUGAAUUAAAAGAAUCACUGAGAGGUCAAGUUUUCAACGAAAUCAGUAUGGCCAUGAGACUGAGUGAUUUUCAAUCAUUUUUCAACAGUUUGUCUGGAACCGUUGUCGCUGAUCCUGCAGCUAUAGAGAAUGUUGUAAAUGACUAUAUAUGGGCUACUUCUGUCAAUAGUAACAAUGUUAGACUUAGUGGUCAGGGUUACACAAUGUCAUUAUGGAUCAACGAUGGAUGGAUGCCAGUAAUUGAAUUAGAUUGGAGCCCAAAUGCGUGGAAACUUAUAAAUUUCAUCGAGUUGUUCAUCGCUCAAAAGAUCAUCGCAAUGAGUUUGUCAGAUUUGGCAAGAUAUGAAAGUGUUGAAACGGUUGCAGCGGUGUAUGAUCUAGUUGGGAAAUCUAUUCGUUGUUCUUGUGCUCUAGGAUUUGGAGGAACACAUUGUGAAUUUUGUGUUCUUACCGAUGAUUCCAUCAUAGCAGAUAAUGAAUUUGAAUAUCAUGGAAUCAAACUGAUUGGUGCUAGAGUUGGUUGAUAAAAUAUGUUACGGCUGUUGGAACUACGUAAAUAAAAUUUAUCGCAACAAAAUAUAUUUUAUAUUUUAAUUUUGUUUUGUUCGAAAAACAUGUUAUGUAACUAUGGUUGGGUGUGUGAAAGCGAA